AUGUCAAACUCGCUCAAACAUCCCGGCCCUGAGCCAACCGUGACCGACACACCAGCCCAGAGCCAGAGCCAGAGCCAGAAAACAAGCUACAUUGGCAAAGCGGAAGUGCUGAACCGUGCAAUCCAAAGUAUUGGCAUGGGCCGCUAUCAGUGGCAACUGUUCGUGGUCAUUGGGUUCGGGUGGGCGAGUGAUAAUCUAUGGCCUAUCGUCACAUCUCUCAUUCUCCCACCGAUAUCCUACGAGUUCCACCCUUCCAAAGCACCUCUGCUUACCCUAUCACAGAACAUAGGAUUGCUGAUUGGUGCGGUAUUCUGGGGGUUCGGGUGUGACAUCUUCGGUCGGCGGUGGGCAUUUAAUCUGACGAUCGGCAUUACAGCAGUAUUUGGUCUGAUCGCCGCUGGAUCACCGAACUUUGGCGCCGCGUGUGCCUUUGUGGCACUAUGGUCUGUGGGAGUUGGUGGGAAUUUGCCGGUUGAUUCGGCUAUUUUCCUCGAAUUUUUGCCUGGCUCGCAUCAGUACCUGUUGACGGUCCUGUCUAUCGACUGGGCGUUUGCUCAGGUACUGGCCAAUCUGAUCGCGUGGCCGUUGCUCGGAUACAGGACCUGUGAUUCUGGCGAUGGGUGUACCAAGGCUGAUAACAUGGGAUGGAGAUACUUUCUCAUUGCAAUGGGUGGACUAGCCAUGAUCAUGUUUGUGACUCGAUUUGCUUUCUUUACUCUUUACGAGUCGCCCAAAUAUCUCAUGGGUAAAGGGCGGAACGCAGAAGCAGUGCAAGUUGUGAACGAGGUUGCGAGGAGGAAUGGGAAGUCGACCGAUUUGACCCAGGGACAGCUGGAUGAGUUCGACCAGGGCGAGUCGCAAGACAUCUCAGCGGGAAAUAUCGUCCGUCAACGCCUGGAAAAGGUCCGAUUUGAUCAUAUCCGCGCGUUGUUCGACACCCCCAAGCGGGCGUGGUCGACUACCCUCAUCAUCCUGGUCUGGGCUUUCAUUGGCCUUGGGUAUCCGCUGUACAACGCGUUCCUCCCAUACAUCCAACAAUCGCGUGGCGCGGAGUUUGGAGAUGGCUCAACGUACAUCACCUAUCGUAACUCGCUGAUCAUCGCUGUGAUGGGCAUCCCCGGUUGCCUGCUCGGUGGACUCCUAGUGGAGUUACCCAGAUUCGGCCGGAAGGGAGCCCUGAGCACUUCAACGGUGUUGACGGGGGCAUUCCUCCUGGGAUCGACGACAGCGACUACGUCUAAUGCUCUCCUCGGUUGGAACUGUGCGUUCAACUUCUUGAGCAGUUUGCUCUAUGCGGUGCUCUACGCAUAUACCCCUGAAAUCUUUCUGACCAAGGAUCGAGGCACGGGCAAUGCCUUGACGGCAUCUGCAAAUCGAAUCUUUGGCAUCAUGGCGCCUAUUAUAGCCAUGUUUGCCGAUCUCCAAACCUCUGCUCCGGUUUAUGUCAGCGGAGCGCUCUUCAUAGUUGCUGGACUGUUGGUGUUGUUGAUGCCAUAUGAAACUCGGGGAAAGGCCAGUCUUUGA